CCGCGCCCUCUCCUUCCCCUGGGCGUCUCCGGGGCGUGGACAGGCCGCUGAAAAGAAAGGGCUGCGGCCUGUACCAGGCUCCGCGGGCUGCUGCACUGCGAGGCCGAGGCAGCUAGUGAGAAGUUAAGAAGGCCCUAAGGAGGGCCGGCUCGGAUGCUGGGCCCGCCUCCCCGCGGGAUUGUAGGCCCGGGGGCUCCGCCUGGUCCCGAGCGGCAGGCAGGAGGCGGUGCGCGCGGCCCGGCGGCGAGGGACCCUGAGGCCCGAAGUGAUGCCACCAAAAAGAAAUGAAAAAUACAAACUUCCUAUUCCACUUCCAGAAGGCAAGAUUCUGGAUGAUAUGGAAGGCAAUCAGUGGGUACUGGGCAAGAAGAUUGGCUCUGGAGGAUUUGGAUUGAUAUAUUUAGAGACACUGGCCAUUUUUCUCUCUCCAAUGCUUAGUGUGGAGUAAAGGCAGCUUCCCGCAAAUUUAUUUCAAGCAAGAGCAAUCGGAAGCUUCAACAUGUGUGAAAGAGGCGCAUAGAGAACAUAGCUUCCAUUUCAGCUUUCCCCACAAAUAAACCAGAGAAAGAUGCAAGACAUGUAGUAAAAGUGGAAUAUCAAGAAAAUGGCCCGUUAUUUUCAGAACUUAAAUUUUAUCAGAGAGUUGCAAAAAAAGACUAUAUCAAAAAGUGGAUAGAACGCAAACAACUUGAUUAUUUAGGAAUUCCUCUGUUUUAUGGAUCUGGUCUGACUGAAUUCAAGGGAAAAAGUUACAGAUUUAUGGUAAUAGAAAGACUAGGAAUAGAUUUACAGAAGAUCUCAGGCCAGAAUGGUGCCUUUAAAAAGUCAACUGUCCUGCAAUUAGGUAUCCGAAUGUUGGAUGUACUGGAAUAUAUACAUGAAAAUGAAUAUGUUCAUGGUGAUAUAAAAGCAGCAAAUCUACUUUUGGGUUACAGAAAUCCAGACCGGGUUUAUCUUGCAGAUUAUGGCCUUUCCUACAGAUAUUGUCCCAAUGGGAACCACAAACAGUAUCAGGAAAAUCCUAGAAAAGGCCAUAAUGGGACAAUAGAGUUUACCAGCUUGGAUGCCCACAAGGGAGUAGCCCUGUCCAGACGAAGUGACGUUGAGAUCCUUGGCUACUGCAUGCUGCGGUGGUUGUGUGGGAAACUUCCCUGGGAACAGAGCCUGAAGGACCCUGUGGCUGUGCAGACUGCUAAAACAAAUCUAUUGGAUGAGCUUCCCCAGUCAGUGCUUAAAUGGGCUCCUUCUGGAAGCAGUUGCUGUGAAAUAGCCCAAUUUUUGGUAUGUGCUCAUAGUUUAGCCUAUGAUGAAAAGCCAGACUAUCAAGUGCUCAAGAAAAUUUUGAACCCUGAUGGAAUACCUUUGGGACCACUGGACUUUUCCACAAAAGGACAGAGUAUAAAUGUCCAUACUCCAAACAGUCAAAAAGUUGAUUCACAAAAGGCUGCAACAAGGCAAGUCAACGAGGCACACAAUAGGUUAAUCGAAAAAAAAGUCCACAGUGAGAGAAGCACUGAGUCCUGUGCAACGUGGAAAAAAGUGCAGAAAGAGGAGAAGCUGAUUGGAUUGAUGAACAAUGAAGCAGCUCAGGAAAGCACAAGGAUAAGAGAGAAAUAUCAAGAGUCUCAAGAACUUUUGAAUGAAGCAAACAGUUUCCCACAAAAAUUGAACUACAGACAAUUCCCAAACUCAUUUUAUGAACUUCAUCAAGAUUUUACCAGUCCAGAUAUAUUCAAGAAGUCAAGAUCUCCAUCUUGGUAUAAAUACACUUCCACAGUCAGCACGGGGAUCACAGAAAGUUCAACUGGACUUUGGCCUACAAUUUCCCAGUUUACUCUUAGUGAAGAGACAAACGCAGAUGUUUAUUAUUAUAGCAUCACCAUACUUGUCCUUUUGAUGUUAGUAUUGCUUGCUUUAUAUUUUCUCUGAAGAUAUCAAAAUUCCUUUUGAUAACUUUUUACGUUUCCAGCUCUUCACCAAGAUGUUAUAUUCUUAUUUCAGUGUUUCCUCCCAGACAUUUUUAAGGUAAUUGGCUUUAAAAAAAGAAUAUAUUUUAAGAAAGUUUAUGGACACUCUAAAAAAUAAAAUUGCUUUAUACUAGAAAUAGUGUCAUAGUACAGUUUGGAAAACACUUUUCUGAAGUUUCAGAUCACCCAGGAAAUCUAGAAAAGGAGUUUAAUGUUUUUGAUCAGAGAAUUUGAAAAAUAAAAAUAAA